AGAUUCUAUUAUCACCCUCAGUUUGCCAAUAAAUUUUUGCAUAACAAAACCCCCUUAAAUGCACAUAAUAUUAACAACACAACACCCUCCUCUCAAAACGCCGAACCCUCUUUUUCUCUUUUUCUAGCAUACUUUUCAAUCCCUAAUAUUCAUUUCAUGUUUCACAGACAACAACCACACCUCGUUUUGAACCCUUUCUCUAUCUACACCAAGACCAUUUUUUGAUCGGACCCCAACUCUUCUUUCCCCUUAUAAUUGAUGCCCACCAUCUCUUCUACGCAUUUCUGUUUUUGCCCACUACGCUAUUGAUUCGCCCCCACACUCCAACUGUGUUGGGAUUUACCCUUUUCCAUUAGGGUUUUAAUCAUCUAAGCUCUUCUCUUAUUAUUGAAAAGCAACUUUUUUAUUGCUUUGAUUCAUUGGGUCUUUUAUUUUUUUGCAUAAUCUUGUUUUUUUUUUCACUUUUGGGGAUUCGUUUUUGUAGUAGGUGGGCACUCUGAAAUUGUGGGGUUCUAUGUGUUUGUGUUAUUUUUGGAAAACACCGAGAAUUGGUUUAGUGGAAUUUGACUCUCUUUUUUUCUGGUUUAAUUUUUGAACUGCAGAGGGAAUAAAGUCCUAUCUUGGUUUGUUUGUUGUGCACUGGAAAAAAAAAAAAACUUUCCCUUCAAAAGGUUGGGGGAAGGCAUUAAGAUAAUAGCUACUGCUGCAAGCUUUUCUUGUGUGUUGCUUUUGCUAGUUUCAAUUUCAACAUUGGUAGUUGGGUUAUCUGGAAGAAGCUUAGGUGGUGGUGUCUUGGGUUGGGUUGGUAGGUUUACUUGGGAGGGUUGGAAGAGAAAAAAAAAUAGGCUUGCAUGGGAGAACAUGAGGGGUGGGCACAGCCACCAAGGGCACUAUUGCCGAAUGGCUUGUUGCCCAAUGAAGCUGCCUCUGUAAUACAGGUGCUUGACUCAGAGCGAUGGUUGAAGGCUGAACAAAGGACUGCAGAGCUGAUUGCCUGCAUUCAGCCUAAUUCGCCAUCCGAGGAGCGCCGAAAUGCAGUUGCAGACUAUGUCCAGCGGCUGAUCAUGAAAUGCUUCUCUUGCAAGGUGGGUGUGUUCACGUUUGGGUCGGUACCCCUCAAAACUUAUUUGCCUGAUGGAGAUAUCGACUUAACUUCAUUCAGUGAGAAUCAAACUCUGAAGGAUACAUGGGCACAUCAGGUUCGUGACAUGCUGGAGAAUGAGGAGAAGAAUGAGAAUGCAGAGUUUCAUGUCAAGGAGGUUCAGUACAUCCAGGCUGAAGUGAAGAUUAUAAAGUGUCUUGUUGAGAAUAUUGUAGUAGACAUUUCAUUCAACCAGCUUGGAGGGUUGUGUACCCUUUGUUUUCUUGAGGAGGUUGAUAAUCUGAUUAACCAAAAUCAUUUAUUCAAGCGUAGCAUUAUACUGAUAAAAGCUUGGUGUUACUAUGAGAGCCGAAUACUUGGUGCCCACCAUGGACUUAUCUCAACUUAUGCAUUAGAAACCUUGGUUCUUUACAUAUUUCAUGUUUUCAACAAUUCCUUUGCUGGACCACUUGAGGUAUUGUAUCGAUUUUUGGAGUUUUUUAGUAAGUUUGACUGGGAAAAUUUCUGCGUAAGUCUAUGGGGUCCAGUACCCAUUAGUUCACUCCCAGAUGUGACAGCUGAACCUCCUCGAAAAGAUGGUGGGGAUUUACUGCUCAGCAAAUUAUUUCUUGAUGCCUGUACCUCAGUUUAUGCUGUUUGUCCUGGUGGCCAAGAAAAUCAGGGACAACCCUUUGUUUCCAAGCAUUUCAAUGUUAUCGAUCCUUUACGUGUCAACAAUAACCUUGGCCGUAGUGUUAGCAAAGGUAAUUUCUUUAGGAUACGCAGUGCCUUUGCAUUUGGGGCUAAAAAGCUGGCUAGAUUACUUGAUUGUCCAGAGGAGGAAUUGUUUGUUGAAGUCAAUCAGUUCUUUUUGAACACUUGGGAUAGACAUGGAAGUGGGCAACGACCUGAUGUUCCAAGCAAUGACUUAUGGCGAUUGAGGUUAUCGAAUCAUGACCAAUCACAGAGGUCUGAGAAUCUCCAGAACAAUAACCAUAAAAUUGAUAUUACCUCCAAUCAUGAAUUUCAUUUUGAAGGGGAACAUGUUCCACAAAGUGGCCUAUCUCAACGUAGUAAUUUGUCAUCUGAAAACUCAUCCAAAUUUAGUGAUGUUUCUACAGUGUCACGUACUCAGACUCAAAAGAGUUAUGGAAACCAUAAUAAUUCUAGGACCUUUGAUCAAGUCCGAAGGGAAACUAAUUCUAAUGAAGGUGCUCAUGUUGACAAAGGUCAGAGAAAAGUUAAAGCGGAUUACCCAGUGAAUGAUGUUCAGGGACGGUUUCUUUUUGCCAGGACACGAUCUAGCCCUGAGCUGACUGACUCGUAUGGUGAAGUUUCUUCCCAAGGAAGGCGUGCAAAAGCAGCAGAAAGUGGUAAAGGCCAGAAUUCCUUUGCAAAGUUGGAGAAUAGUCGCAGGAAGAAUCUUCAACCUGAUGUGGCUGCAAAAAUUGAUGACUCAUCUGCUAGGCACAUCUCAUCUCGGGAAGUUCUUGGUAGUACCGCUCAUUCAAACAGUUAUCAUGAUGAAUCAGGCUCAGGGAUUGUGAGUGAAGAGUUUGCAUCUGUUGCAGGAGCUGUUGGAAUUCAGAUGAUGCAUCAGGAGGAGCAAGACCUUUUGAAUAUGAUGACAUCUCCCACAGCUCAAGGUUUCAGUGGUCAGGCUCAGGUUCCAAUGAAUUUAGCUCCAGGUCACCUACCAUUUCCCUUUCCACCCUCCAUUCUUGCAUCAAUGGGAUAUGCUCAGAGAAAUGUGGGUAAUAUUCCCUUUAUUGAGGCUCCUUGGGGUACAAAUAUGCAAUUUCCUCAAGGUCUAGUCCCUUCACCAUUGACUCCAUAUUUCCCUGGCAUAGGAUUAACCUCAAAUCCUCAAGAUUUAAUGGAAACCGGCAAUGAGAAUUUUGCAGAAACUGAGAAUGAUUUCUGGCAUGAUCAGGAAAGAGGUUCUGCUAGUGGGGUUGAAGUUGGUAACGGAAAUUUUGAAAUGCUUCCGGAUGAUAAACAACAGUCAACUUCUGGUAGUUAUAACUUUGUCUCAUCAUCUCGGGUAGGCAGCUCGAGUAGUUCCCCCAGAAUUCAGCAGAAGUUUACUAAAGAAAACCGAGGAUCAACAAGAGAAGAGCAUAUUGAUAAUUUUCAUUAUCAAGAUGGCCAAAGAAAUGAGGUUUAUUUUGAUGAUAGAAUAGCUAAUUCUGAGUUGCCCAGUGCACCACCUUCAAGCUCCUUCAGGAGUAAGACCUCUUCUGAAAGCUCUUGGGAAGGAUCGUCAGCCAAAUCCUCAAAAUCAACAAGGGAAAAGAGGGGGAGGAAAAAUACUCUCUCGGUACCAUCUGCUGUUUACGGGAAGGGUAAAAAUUCAGAAAUUUUAUCCAAUCGAAUAGAUGAUGAAAACAGAGAGUGGACUCCUUUGUCGACUAUGGCAUCUGAUAUGUCUGAAAGAAGCACUGUGCCCCCAACUGUAACUUCCCUGCAAAUCCCAAGGCAUCAAAAAUCUGGUUUUGAAGCCCCUCAGACAAGUGGAUCAGAUUCUCCAUUACCCAUAGCGCCCGUGCUUUUAGGUCCCGGUUCUCGUCAACGGGCAAUUGAUAAUUCUGGGGUUGUUCAAUUCGCAUUCUAUCCUACAGGGCCACCAGUACCCUUUGUUACAAUGCUUCCUUUUUAUAAUUUUCCAACCGAGUCUUCUGACACAUCGACAAGCAACUUCAAUGUGGAAGAAGGGGAAGAUAACAGUGAUUCUGGUCAGAAUUAUGAUUCAUCUGAGGGAUACGAACAGCUUGAGGUACCAAGCCCAUCUAAUUCUAUGGCAAGGGCUGCUAUUGAGUCAUCAGAGCACAAGCCUGACAUUCUUAAUAGUGACUUUGUUAGCCACUGGCAGAAUUUGCAAUAUGGGCGAUUUUGUCAAAACUCGCGUCAUCCUCCUUCAAUGGUCUAUCCUUCACCUGUAAUGGUACCUCCUGUUUAUUUGCAGGGUCGUUAUCCUUGGGAUGGUCCUGGAAGACCUCUUUCAACUAACAUGAAUCUUUUCACUCAGCUUAUGAGCUGUGGCCCGCGUCUAGUUCCUGUUGCACCUCUCCAGUCUGUUUCUAAUAGACCUACCAAUAUUUACCAACGUUUUGCAGAUGAUAUGCCGCGGUAUCGAAGUGGGACUGGAACCUACCUGCCAAAUCCGAAGGUUUCUGCUCGGGAUCGACAUUCCACUAAUACCAGAAGGGGAAAUUACAACUACGAUAGAAACGACCACCAUGGUGAUAGAGAAGGAAAUUGGAACAUGAACUCAAAGUUGCGAGCAACUGGGCGUGGCCAUAAUCGCAACCAAACUGAGAAGCCUGGCUCAAGGCCAGAGCGGUUGGCAACUAGUGAGAGCCAUGCUGAGAGACCGUGGGGUUCACAUAGACAAGAGUCCUUCAAUUCUCACCAGAAUGGGCCAGUGCGUGCAAAUUCUUCACAGAACAAUCCUACCAAUGUAGCUUAUGGAAUGUACUCCAUACCAGGCAUGAACCCCAGUGGGGUCUCAUCAAAUGGGCCAACAAUUCCAUCUCUUGUAAUGUUGUAUCCUUAUGAUCAUAAUGCUGGCUACAGUUCACCAGCAGAGCAGCUAGAGUUUGGGUCUUUGGGACCAAUGGGUUUCUCAGGUGUCAAUGAGGGAAAUCAGUCUGGUGGAGCACUUGAAGACCAGAGAUUUCAUGGUGGCUCUCAACGAUCCUCACCAGACCAACCCUCUUCACCCCAUGUUUCAAGGGGGCCUUGAUUCUUGUGCCUGAUCAGUGUGCAGGAAGAAUUAUGGAUUGAAAAGAGGAGGAUUUUCCUCCUUUUCAUAUCAGGGCUUGGUAGGGCAUGUAAGUGGUUCCAAAGCAUUCUUGUUAAAAAGAAAGAAUCCAAGUAUAAUGGAUUGAUCUUUAUGGUGAAGGUCCCUUGUUUGUGCCUAGGCUCUUGCAUGUACACAUACAUAGGUGAUUAACCAACUUUGGUUAUGUUUGUCCAUCCUAGAAGAGAGUGGUGACAAAGAGGACGCAGUACUCCUCCCAGUAUACCAAAAGAAAGGGGGAUGGAAGACUCGGUGAUUAGAUUUUUGUUGAAGUUUUAGACACAAUUGUAACCCAAUCAAAGUAGAAAACUGUGCUUAGGUUCAGAAUUUAGAAAUUUUACAAUGUUACAGAUUUGUCAGCAUCACUUUUACAGAGUGUAGUAGGGUGCUUGUUUUAGAACAUGCAGAAGAUAUUUCUUUUAACUUUUGAAACAUUGUUACAGUUUAGCAAUAAAAUUGUCAUAAUAU